AUGCAUUCUCUGACCGUGCUCCAAACCGUUCUCGCGGCAAACCUCGCCCUUGCUCUUAACUUGCCUCGACAGGAUACCGCUCCUUCGCAAUACGCUGUCCAACCACUACCACUCGACACGCCAUGGACGGACAAAGUUGGCACGGAUCCAUGGCCGCAGUAUCCGAGACCCAAACUCGCUCGUUCGGAGUGGAAGUCCCUUAACGGAAUAUGGACGUACGCAAAUGCUUCUAGUUUGGAUGCCGUCAACAAUCCGCCGUUCAACCAAACAUUGACAAAUGAGGUCCUGGUCCCGUUCUGUCUUGAGAGUGGCCUUUCUGGCAUUGAGGGGGAUUACCUUUUGUACUCUUGGUACUCGACCAAGUUCAGUGUGCCCUCCAAUUGGACCGGCGAGAGGACGCUCCUCAACUUCAAUGCAGUCGACUAUGAGGCGACUGUAUUUGUCAAUGGUCAGCAAGUUAUGUUCCAUCGCGGAGGUUAUUUUGCUUUCUCCGUCGAUGUUACGCCGUACUUGUCUUCAUCGGGGACAAAUGAGCUCGUCGUAUUUGUCCACGAUCCCACAGAUUCUGGCCGCUAUGUGAUUCCCGUCGGGAAGCAGACUCUGGGUUCGGAUCACAUUUUCUACAGACCCUGCAGUGGUAUCUGGCAAAGUGUCUGGAUCGAGUCGGCUCCGGCAGACUACAUCACCGGACUUGACAUCAACGGCGGCGCUGAUGGGACCGUGGAGAUCUCAAUCCUCGAGAAAGGGACUUCGAACAAAGUGGCUUCCCAUACAGGAUCUGCCGGUCGUCAGUUCUCGUUCAAGGCUGAAUCUGUAAAGUGCUGGAGUCCAGACCACCCCAAUCUGUACGAUAUUGCGAUCAAGUUUGGCGAUGACCAAAUCGAGAGCUACACCGGAUUCCGAACCAUUACCAAAGAGGCCGUGAACGACGUCCAACGAAUUGUGUUGAACGGCGAAGCAAUCUUUCCGUUUGGUACCCUCGAUCAGGGCUUCUGGCCGGAUGGAGGCUACACGCCGCCCACGUACGAGGCGAUGAUAUACGACAUCCAGACCUUGAAGAAGAUCGGAUACAACAUGCUCCGCAAGCACAUCAAGGUGGAGUCUCCAUUGUAUUACCAAGCGGCAGAUGAGCUGGGAAUUUUGGUCAUGCAAGACAUGCCUUCCCUGCGACUGUCCACCGAAACGCUCGCCAAUUGCAGCAGACAAAGGCUCCUUCCAGAUGCCGCGCAGCAGCAGGAAUUCCAACGCCAGCUCGAAUUGCUCGUCACGCAGCUGAGGAGCCAUACGUGCAUCUUUGCUUGGGUAAUCUACAACGAGGGCUGGGGCCAGAUCGAGAGCUAUUAUCCCGAAUUCGCAUUGACGGACGUCGUUCGAGGGCUGGAUCCUACUCGACUUGUGGACGCCGUCACUGGAUUCCCCGAUCAUGGGGCGGGCGACUUUUCAGAUAAUCAUCACUACGCCAAUCCGCAGUGCGGAACGCCGUUCUACUCCCUCUCGUCCAGCCCCUUCGAUCCGUCACGUAUUGGAUUCCAGGGCGAGUUCGGCGGGAUAGGCAAUAAUGUCACGGAGGAGCAUGCCUGGAAGGUGCAGGAUUCCAUCGACGCAGUCAACCAGACCUACGAGCUGGACGACACGAUCGAGGUAUGGAACUACCGCGGCCACACCCUGCUGACGGAGCUCCUCUCGCAAGUCGAGAUGUACUCCUGCGCGGGCGCCGUCUGGACGCAGACCACCGACGUCGAAGGCGAGGUCAACGGUAUGCUGACGUAUGAUCGUCGAGUGCUGCGUCCGGAUCUGCAGCAGUGGCAGACGGAUAUCCAGGCGCUGUAUGAUGCCUCCGCGAAGAGGACGAAUGCUUCCAUGCCUAGUCAUUGA